AUGGUUUCUCUAUCCUCUUCCUCUUCCGCGGCAAGAUAUGCUCAACUGAUCCUUGGGGUGAUCCUCCUUGGCUUGUCAGCAAAAAUCAUUAAUGACCGAGGCUCUUUGACUUCUCUGGCAGAUGAAUUAAUGGAAAUUUAUAACAGCACUUCAUCCGGAACUUCAUCUUCAUUGUCUAAAAGGGAUGUAAGUAAACGAUCCCUUUACAUUGACCCCUCUUGGAAGAAAUCCGCAGUUGUGAUUUCUUCAGCUUGUACUAGUAUUAGCUCCAACUCCGUGAACUAUGUUUUGCCAAAAAUGUUCACUAAGAAAAGUACAAAUUCAAACACGCAAUCCCUCUUGUGGAAAUCUUCUGCCUUUAGAACCUUGUCAACAAGCGCUACAGAUUUUGUUUCUAAGACGGCAUUAGGAGUUUCCCUGAAGCAAGCUGGUUAUGCAUCAUCAUUGUUUGGAUCCGAGGUGAUUUCGCAAGCAUUGUGGAUAACCAAUGUAAUUAUGCAAAUCAGUCAAUAUGGUUCUCAAUCCUGCUCCAGUGUCGAAGGCUUGAUCAGCAGCUAUAACCUUACUUCUGAUCUUUCCGAGUUGAUAUUGUCUAAUUACUACAAUGAGGACGAACCUAACAACUCGACAUCGACUGACAGUGAGCUUUACGACGACAUUGAAAACUUGUUCUUUAGAUCAAAUUCCUCCGAUUUCUCGGGAUCUCUUUCCAGCUUGCUUGACUCUUAUGAUUCCAAUAAUCUCACUACCUUGGAGAAGCAAUCGACUCUGUUACUUAAACUUGCAACCAAUUGCCAGCUGAAAAAAUCCUCUAUGGCUCUUUCCAUCAUUAUUUUUGCAACUUACCUUUUCAGUAGCACUUUUCUGGCCUCGAGCGCUGUUUCUUUUGUCAACCAAUACCGAAAGCAACAAGAACAAGCUACCAAAACAAUCCAAGCUAAACCAGAAAGGAGUGAAAACGAGGCAUCGGAAACGCCAGGACCCCAAGUCCACUUUGUUUAUAGAUUCAAUUGGCUGCUACCAGAUAUUCUCAGCGAUGAGGAACUUUUCUCAUUCUCAGCUGUAUGA